CUCAGGCUACAAUAUCUUUGAAUUAUCCAUGUCGUCAUAUUCACAAAGCUUUGCUCUUGAAUGUUGUUUAAUACUGUACUCUGUUCGAUACAAACAGAUGAGACGUCAGUACACUUUUAUGCACUUAACACCAUUUUACUACUCCUGAUACUUUAUAUAUCAGUUUAUAAUACUGAAACGUGUACUACUGCAGUAACUUCACAAGGCUUGACUUAUCCAAAAUCUAAGCCUUCAUUAUUGUGGUGUACUUUUCAAUAAACACACUCUUUGCACACACAGAAAAAAAUACUCGUAGUUCGUUCAUACUGCAAAGGAGCCAAAACAAAUGUACCAGUGGUGUUAAACUAACGUUUUCUUUUUAAAUAUGGACAAAAAUGAUCAAGGUGAAUCAAGCAUCUCAGGAAUUCAACCGAGGCUCCUACUGCUGGCAAAGUAUUGAUUAGUGCUUAAAAAUCAAAAGUAAAUGUUUGCCAGUUACACUGAUAUCCCACCAACCCAUCUUUGGCGCUAAGACGGCAGUCGGUUUACACUUACUGACCGAAUCAAAACACACACAGUAAGGUAAGGAACUCAGACGCCUCUCACCUGUUCAGCUCUCCAGCAUCUGCCCACACUGCGAGGACACUUCUCUACAAUUACAUUCUCACUUCAGAUAAUUUAAUCAUUUAGAAAAGAAAAGUUUUACCUGUAUUUUACUUUGACAGAUUUGUUGGGUUUUUUUUUCUUUGAGAAAAUUCUCUAUAACUACAAAGUGAGCUAUAAUAUAAGGAGGUUUACAGAAGAUGGCCUCUUGUUUUUUUUAAUAAAAUGUAAUUUAAAAAACACUGAUGCAUGGUUGUAACAAUAUUAAAGUGUGACUUUUUCCUUUGUCCAUUUACGUAAAGAUAAUUUUCUGACUCGUGUUUAAUCUGUUUUGUGAUGACUCAACCACUGUGAAUCACUACAGCGAAUCAAAGGUGUCCAACUUCAUUCUGUUUACAGUAUGAUUUGCUUAAAACACUCCCAUCUGAAAUGGAUUUUCUGGUUAAUGGUAAAAAUAUCUUUCCAGCCCUAGCUGUAAAAAACAAAGACCUUAAUGAAGAUUAAAGGUAAAUCUUGCCAAUUGCAGUAUAAUUCCAAGUUUCUACUCAAUGCAACUUCAUCUAAAAAAAAACCUCCUGUUUGUUCUCCCUCUACAGUUGGCUGCAGUCCUGACUACCAGUGAUGGAUGGUCCGACGUCCCCUGGUGAAUGACAUCACUGCACAGUCCUCUCUAAAUGGACUGAGUCCAGUGGCUCACACUCGGAGGCCUCUAGGGGUCCUUGAGCCCCAGUUUUGAUAACCAAAUCUUUAGCCGGUUACACCCACUCCUCCUCUCCCUGCAGCCGCCUCCUCCUCCUCAUCCCUCCACGCUCUCAGAAGUCAGCCAGCUACUACCACUGUUCCUCUUGUGCUUCAGUGACAGACAGACGGAGCACAGCUGAGAAGAAAACACAAACAGAACCAGGGCUUAAUGCUGCCUUCACUGACACCAGGCCACUGGAAUGAGAAGACUCGCAGGGGUAGCUCUAAAACGACGACAUGAUGUCCAGUCUGUUGUUUAUAGGCCUGUUGGUUUAUUUUCAUCCAUGCUUUUCAGCAUUUACUUUGGAGACCAGAGUGCUGACAUACGAUGACUCCUAUUAUGAGUAUGUGCCUGAUCGCCGUCAAUGGAGCGAUGCAGGAAAAUUAUGUAACCAACGCUCUGGGGCCUUAGCCACAGUCGCUAACUCAGCAGAGAACAUGAACCUCGCCAGGUUCUUAAAAUCUCUGAACAUCUCUCAGCCCGUGUGGAUUGCUGGGAAAGUUCGGACAUAUCUAACAAGUUCCUCCGAGAUCCUGAUUCUGGAAUUUAGUGGACGAUCGGACAGAAAACACGCUCGUCUCCUGCACAACUUCUCCUCCAUGGGCUCAGUGACCGUUUGCACCCGUGUGCGCUUUAAUCCCAACUGCUCUGGAAUUUCCACCAUUUUCUCUUAUUCCAUCCAGUCAUAUAUAAAUGAGUUCCAGCUCCGCGCAAAUGUGAUCCAAGGCAAGACUGUGCAGCUGGCCGUGCUGGUGCAUGGCAUUCAUGGGCCCUAUCAGGACGCCUUUGAGCACGACAGUUAUUGGCACACGACGUGCGUGACCUGGAGCCAGAUUGGUGGACACUGGGCUCUAUAUGCCGAUGGCCUGGCUUUUUAUAGAGGCGACGGCCUGAACAGCACUGACAGCAUCGGUCCUGAUGGGCUCUUCAUCAUUGGACAGGAGCAGGACACUUUUGGGGGCUCAUUUAAGAAGAAUGAGUCAUUCUCAGGGAGCAUCACAGACCUACACAUUUGGGAUCGGGUGUUGAAUAGCAGUGAAAUAUCCAGCAUGAAAAACCAGUGCUCGCUCAUUUCCUCUGGGCUGGUGUUCCAGUGGAGAGCAGAGGGCCUGGAAGUAGACUCCUCCCUCAAAGAGCUGUGGAGAGACAACCCCUGUCAAGGGAACUUCACCGUGCUGACACCUUCCCUCACUGAUGGACACUCUUUGCAGAAUGAAACAUUUCCAUUUGAGUUGUUUGAAAACUCCCAGUCUGCUGAGGGCUGUGGGAUCUUCGACCCAGUUAGUGACGACUGGAGCCUGAUAAGGUGUGACUCCUUAAAUGCAGCCGUUUGCCAGCUCCAGAAAGAAGUGGAUAUUUUCAGUUUACCAAAAACGCCAUUCUUCGAAAGAGUGAGCAAGGAUCCUUUGACUAAAGCCGAGAUGGAUGAACUGAGCUUCAGAAGUUCCGGGGAGAAAGAUCUGACCUCCCUACAGCAGCUGUCUCAGGCUGUUCUUCACACCGUGGAGGCCAGUGGCCCGGACUCCCUGACCUCUGCUGAUGUCCUCUACCUCUCCCAGAGAAUUGACACCGAUCUUAUAGCGGCGUUUAACGGCCAUUCUAGCGGACAGGAUGCAGCGGAGGUCAUGGUCACUAUUGCUACAAACUACGUGAAGACCUCAAGUUUGCUGCUGGAGCCUGGUAUGGCUAAAGGAUGGAUGGGUCAGACUGAGGAUGGGGUCAGCGUGGGUCCAUUCACUAUCAUCAAGACCGUUGACCGUCUCUUUGAAGCUGUUGCUGACAUGCUAUCUGCUGAGAGGACAUAUAGCUUGUGUUUUGAUGGUGUCUCCUGUUCUUCCUCUCCUUCAGAUGUUUACAUGAAGUGGCAGAAACUGUCUGAAGAAAAUGGCAGUCAGGUCUUCAACCCAUCGGUGCUCAGUUCUCAUGCAACUGGCAGCAGUGUUCAGGACGAACUGGUCAUCACUGACACAGAGCUCCACAGGAUACACACACUGGGAUACGAGGAGGUGGUGUUCAUUCACACCCAUUACAGCCAUCUGAGUGACAUUAUGUCUGGAGGACAGGAAAGUCCAGUGAGUCACCAAGAGACGAGAGUUAAAAGCAUUCCAGAUCCAGGUCUCCUGGCCUCUGCCGUCAUAUCGGCAACAGUCCGUGAUCCCACCAGGACAGAAACCAUCCCAGUGGCGGUCCAGUACACUCUCUCCACGUUACAAGUGGUGGAAUAUUCACAGCAACGUUCUCCAAUUUGUGCCUUCUGGAAUUUCAGCCUGAUGCAGAGUUAUACCAAUGGCUGGUCCGGUGCUGGAUGCAGGGUGACCUUUGCUGGCUCUGGUGUCACUUCCUGUCUAUGUAACCACACGACCAAUUUUGCAGUGUUGAUGAAUUACCUGGAGCCGAAGUGGAGUCCAGAGGAAGAGCUCAUUCUCACCAAGCUGACAUUCAUCGGCUCCGGUGCCUCUCUGUGUGCACUGGUGGUGACCUUGAUGCUGUUCACUGUCCUGGACAUCCCCAAAUCUGACAGGACGUCCAUUCACAAGAACCUGUUCGUCGCCCUGAUCUGUGCCCAGGUGAUUCUGCUCUGCAGCAGCUCAGCCAUUCACAACAAGGUGGCGUGUACCCUUGUGGCUGCACUGCUCCAUCUCUUCUUCAUGGCAGCGUUCUGCUGGAUGCUAGUGGAGGGUCUGCUGCUCUGGAGCAAGGUGGUGGCCGUCAACCUUAGCGAGGACCGACACAUGAAAUAUUAUUAUCUCAUUGGCUGGGGUCUGCCCGUGCUCAUCGUCACCAUCACGCUGGCAUCAGCCUCGGGCAAAUACUCAGCUGACGGCUAUUGUUGGCUCAGCGUCCAGAACGGUGUGAUCUGGGGUUUUGCUGGACCCGUCAUCUUCAUCAUCAUGGUAAACAUCCUGAUCCUGACCCGAGUGGUGAUCAUCACCAUCUCCACAGCCAAGAGAAGGUCCAUCAUGUUGGCCAUGGGUGCCAGUCCAGUAGAACAAGCCUAUGAACAAAUCAGGGCUGCAGUGAAGGCAGUGUUGGUGUUGCUGCCCAUUCUUGGAUUGACUUGGCUGUGUGGUGUCCUGGUGCCUUUCUCUAUUGUCAUGGCCUAUAUCUUCAUCCUCCUCAACUCACUACAGGGCCUUUUCAUCUUCCUGAUAUAUGGGGUGUACAACACAGAGGUUCGCAGCACGGUCAACAGGAUCAAGGAGAGGAGAAAAGCGCUUAAUUUCUCAAAUUGUGCCAGUUCACGUCCGUCCAGCUCGGUCACCAGCUCUCGUCCUGUCAGUUUUCCUCUUGGCACCAGCCCGAGUCAGGAAGAGGAGACCAGCCAGAGCUACAACUGCAGCAACGCACUAGACGCUGGGAAGGAAGACGAGGGGAACACGGGUCAGCUGUCCAUUCCUUGUGUUGAAGAGAGACUGGAGAGUCCCCUGAGCCAACGCUUAAAAGACACACAGCAACAUGGGAAGGAUCCUCCUCCUCCUCCUCCACCACCUCCAUCCAAAGAGGACGACUUCCCCACUGGUUGUAGUCUCCAUGUUCCCAUGGAGUUGGAGUUUACAACUUCCUGUUUCCCUCGUAGCCCCGCGCCGCAGAAAAGCUACGGUCUCGUGUACGUAGACUGACCUUGUUGCUGAAGAGGUGAUUAUGAUUUUUUUUUCUUUUCUUGUUUCCCUUUAUCUUUACAUUUCAUGUCAAGUACAGCCAGAAUUGUCAUGUUUGUAUUUUUUUUUUAUUGGUAUCUGAAGUAGUUUGAUUUUUGAUUUAUCUUUUCUUUUUGUUUAUGUUUUUAUGACGUACUGUAUGAAAACUGAAGCUGUACGGCUGCAAAAUCUUUUUCAGUGGUUAUUUUAUAGUUCACUUGUGAAAGCUGCCUCUUUGACUGUACAUAUGCCUCUCAGAGCUCGUAUUUUUGGUCCUGUAUUGUGUGCAUUUGUCGUCAUUCUUUUUAAGUAAUGAACUCAUAAGUGUGAGAAACAUACCGUAUAAUGUGACUACAACAUUCCUGAUGUCUUUCAACCAGGUUCUUUAGUGGCAUGAGCUCCACGCCUUUUCUCUUUUAACUUACAAUAUUAAGAAAUGAAGAAAAAAAUUUGGUAGAUAUAGUUUUGAAGGAUUUUUGUGUAAAGAUGGAUAUUUUAUAUAUUCACAAAUGUAAAAGAAAAAUCUGCCAUAAGUACCCUAAAAAAUAUUUAUCUGAAAUGUGUGGGAAGUGUUCAUGACUAUUUUGUGUUUUCUAUAAAAAUGAUAAUAAUAAUAAAAAACUUGGAAAUUAAGAAACAAACUAAAGACUGUGUUAAUGUUGGACGUUGUUGUGGACGAUGGGAAGUUUGUGGAAAGUUUAUAAAGACAGGUCAACAAGGAGAUGAGCUUGUGGUUUCAUCUCAUGUCCACAUGUCAACAGGUCCAUCAGGAUGUAAAGGUAACUAUUUUCAGAAUAGAUUGAUUUCUAAAGUCUGACAUUUGUAAAUCUAUUUCUGACUGCUGACACUUUCUCUAAUCUUUAUUUCCCAGGAGCAGGAUGUUGUGAGGAGGAACGCUACUGUUGGUGAGUAACGAUCCAGAUCCACUUAUACAUGACUUUAACACUCAGAAUAUCAUGCAAACGCAAUGCAACAUGAACUGGUGCCCCACCAAACACCGCUGUGUGUAUCUAACGUUCUGUCAAAAUUGUGACCUUAUUUACAGCUAUACACAAAAAAACACCAUUUUGAUUCUUUAUUAGACUACAACUUAAGUCUGUAUUUGUGGGAUGUUGCAUUUCUCUUGCAGUAAUAUUUUGAAUAGUUUUUUGUUAUAAACUGCUGGCCUGUGAUCACAACCAGCAGGAAAAGGUUAAUUUUUUGUC